AUGUUAACGAUUGGAGUCUUUGAUAAUGGAAGAUAUGGUAAUAAUAGUCAUGGAGAUGUUAGAAAGAGGAAAAUUCGUGUGCGGUUGUCUACACUUGACACCAACCAUGUUUACGUUAAUUCCUACUCGUUGAUUGUUUUACUGCCAGGUGGUGCGAAGAGAAUGGGUGAGAUAGAAAUUGCAAUGAUAUUUUCAUAUUCUUCAUGGUUGAGUUUAAUGCAAUCCUACACAAGUCCAAUUCUACCAAGAAUGCAUUAUGUUCGUACAUUCGGCCCAACUCAACAAGAUAUUUUAAGACAUAUCGCUAUGAAGAUAGUAACGAUUUGGUUAGCUCGGUCUGAACCGCCUUUGGGUCAUGAAGUGGUUCAGUUCAUGCUUGACUCUGAUACUCACAUGUGGAGCAUUAGGAGAAGUAAAGCAAAUUGGUUUCGAUUAAUUGUUUUUUUGUCACAUGCCACUACAAUUUUUUGUUGGUUGGAUGGGAUUAGCACAUGGGUACACCCACCCACAACGGUUUUAGUUCACGCACUUCUCAUAGCGAUUGUGUUUUUCCCUUACUUGAUUCUUCCAACUGUUUUCAUGUAUUCUUUUUUGAUUUUGUUAUUGAGGUUUAGAAAUAGGCCGAUGGUCCCACAUGAUAUGGAUCCAAAAAUGUCUUAUGUGGACAUGGUGAACCUCGACAAAAUUGAUGAAGAGUUUGAUGGGUUUCCAACGACGAGAGCUAAUGAAGUGGUUAGGAUCAGGUACGAUAGGCUAUGCGCACUUGUGGGGAGGGCACAAACUUUACUUGGUGAUGUGGUCGCACAUGGGGAGAGAUUGAAAGCUUUGUUUAGUUGGAGGGACCCACGUGCUACUGGGAUAUUUGCGUUGAUUUGUUUGGUUGUGCCGUUAGUGUUUUACGCAAUGUCGUUUAAAGGGUUUGUGCUUUUGGGUGGAUUUUAUCACAUGAGACACCCAAGAUUUCGUGAUGACAUGCCGUCUAUUUUGUCUAAUUUUUAUCAAAGACUACCGUCAUUUUCUAAUCAAAUUAUGUAA